GCAACAAAGCUGCCAACAGUCACGACCUUUGGAUAGAGGAGGGGGGGGCGGAAAGUCCUCCCCCCCCCUUUUUUUGGGCGAGAGGAUCGCAUGAGAGGCGAGGAGGUUUGUGUUACGCCCAGGAACCCGCCGCUUGGCCGAUCGACCCUUCCCUGCUGGAGCGAUCGCCCCUCGUCGCCCUUUCCCACGACCCUCUUCUUCCAGGUUUGCUCUCCGCGCCGCUGGCCAUGCGGCUGCACCCGCUCUGGGCCGCCGUCGGCCUUUUCCUUUCCGCCUUCCCGUUAUUCUACCUCUUGAACGCCGUCGCGGCUUUGCUCAGCCCUCCGAUGAUUGCAGUCCUCAGCAUUAUUAUUCUGUCGCCUUUGUUUGUUCUGAUUUAUCUCCCAAACCGCUCCUACGAGGAUCCUCUUUUAUACGUGUUCAUGGUCCUUUGUUUCAUCGCUGGAACUGAUGCUGUGAUCGCUUUGGAGAAAGACGGCUACACCAGCAGCUUCGCCGAUUUCUACAUCAGAGAGGGUGAGCCUUAUCUGGGCACAGCAUAUGGCAUUAUGAUCUCCUACUGGCAUGCUGUGGUGAACUUCGCCAUGUAUCUCCUCAUGGUUGCAGCCAUUGUUCAAAGAAAGAGUUAUCGGAACGUCGGCCUCUAUUGGACAGGAUCCUUCACUAUGGCACUUGUGGUCUUUCUGUUGGGAAAUGUGAUUGGGAAAUACAGCUCUGAGAUCCAGCCAGCCUUUCUGUUCAACCUUCCUUAUCUCAUCAUACCCAUCUGGGCAGCCAAAAGAUUCUUUGACCAGCCCAGGACCUGCCCUCUGCCAACAGCUGAUAAGGUUGCAGAGGAACAAAACAAGAAUCUGCUCCAGCGCCCUAUGGAUUUGGGAUUGGUAGGAUUUCUCCUUCUGGCUGUGAUCUACACACUCUUCCGAGGACUGGUUGUUCUGGACUGCCCAGCUAAUUCCUGCUUUGAUUACAUUUACCUGCAAGAACCAUACCUGCGAGAUCCAGUGGCCUAUCCCAAGAUUCAGAUGUUGGUGUAUCUGUUUUAUGCCCUGCCAUAUUUCUGCAUCUCCAUCUAUGCAUUGCUCGUUCCUGGAUGCACGUGGAUGGGAGACUGGGCCUUGGUUUUUGCUGGUGCUAUUGGACAGGCUCAGUUUUCCCACGUUGCUGCCUCCAUUCACCAUCGCACUCCUUUUCCGUACCGCAUCCCAGAAAGAGAUUGGUGGUUUGUUGUCCUAUGCAACGUGGCCUAUGCGGUGGGCCCACAAAUCUUAGCUUACCGUUGUCUCUACAAACCUGCCUUUUUCUGCAGCUCCGUUUCCCAGUCCAAAGAGAAGAAGAACCAGUGAAAAAAGAAAAAAGAAAUGGUGUUACACACAGGUGUUUCCUUGGGAGAACCCCAGUUCUGACAGUGUUUUAAGUAACUUGGGGAUGAGUGACCCAAUCCAUUCCGGAGUUUUUGUACACCCUCAGCCAUCCCUUGUCUUGUCCGCGUGAUACACUUGAAGCUGAUUUGAAACGGUGAAGUCAAAAACGUUCAUUUGUCUAUAGCAGAUCCUUUUGAUGUGGCAAACAAAGUUAAAGGCAUGAUGGUUUUAGGUCUUUAAAAAAAAACUACACUGAGAUUUUGGGGUGGGGGGUUCCUGGGAGAUGUGAAAAUAGAGAAGAACCAGAGAGAUUUGAAAGCCUUUGAGGGAUGUGAAGACGCUGGCUAUCUUGUUAUCCAUUUUCUUAUUUUUCACCUGGAAAGGAGGGGUGCUAAUUUGUGAACAAAAGGAACCUGUUCAGAAUGCAGAAACAAGGGACCUGGAACAGUGCCAAGAAGUCACUGUUUACAGAAUUCUAAAGUUUUUUUUAAAAAAG